AAUGUCAUAUUGAAUGAGAUAGGACAAAAGAACUUUGCACUUUUGAUUGAUGAAGCUCGAGAUUGCUCUGUGAAAGAGCAAAUGUCAGUAAUUUUGAGAUUUGUGAAUGAUAAAGGGGAGAUUAUUGAACGCUUUCUUGGAUUAGUUCAUGUUGAGGAGACUUCUGCAAAGUUUCUUAAAAAGUCAAUUGAUGAAUUUUUUGCAAAACAUGGAUUGUCCCUUUCAAAACUAAGAGGUCAAGGUUAUGAUGGAGCUUCAAAUAUGCGCGGUCAGUUUAAUGGGUUGAAAACACUUAUUCUUAAUGAAAACAAGAAUGCAUACUAUAUUCAUUGUUUUGCCCACCAACUUCAGUUAGUUAUUGUUGCAGCUGCACAAGAUAGGGAGAGCAUAUUUGAUUUCUUUGAAAAGCUUUUGAUGAUUGUUAAUACAGUUGGGUCUUCAUGCAAACGGAAGGAUUAUCUCCUUCAAAUACACGAGGAAGAAACUUUGCAUCGCAUAGAAAUAGGUGAAUUGUCAACUGGUAGAGGGCAAAACCAAGCAACAUCUUUAGCUCGACCAGGUGAUACACGUUGGGGUUCUCACUACAAAACUCUUAUUCGUCUUUUCGAUAUGUGGAAUGCUAUUGGUACAGUGCUGAAUUUGUUACACCAGCAUAGUGAAACAUCCAAAAUUAAAAACAGUGCUAGUGGCAUUCUUGAUAAAAUGGAUUCUUUUGAGUUCGUUUUUAUCGGAAAGUUUAUGUUAAAAGUUCUAGGUAUGACUAACACCUUAUCAAAGAUGUUACAAGCACGAGAUCAAAAUAUUGGUUGUGCUUUGAAUAUGAUUGGUGAUGUAAAAAAGAACUUGCAAGAUUUUAGAGAUCAUGGUUGGGAUGACUUUUUGAAAGAAGUUAGUGAAUUUUGUGAAGAACAUGCAAUUGAUGUGCCUAACAUGGAAGAUUAUCUUCGUGGGCGAUCAAGAAAGAAGAUGAGAGGUGGUGAACCCAUGACAAACUACAUACAUUUUCGUGGAGAGAUCUUUGCAAAGGUCAUUGAUAUUCUUGCAACGGAAAUGGAUAGACACUUCACAGAGACAAACACAAAUUUACUAAGUUGUGUAAUAUAUAAUUCAAGUAUUAUUAUUAUAAAAAUGCUACUUGCGUCUCUUUUUUAUAUACUCUCUGCAUUUCCUACUGCUUUCUCAGAGGGGAUUUCGAGUUCCACGGGGAGGAGCCUCCUUCAGAUCCCAAAAGAAUGCCCUAUCAGCUUUGAGUUCAAGAACUACACAAUCAUCACCAGCCAAUGCAGAGGUCCACACUACCCACCAAAGCAAUGCUGCGACGCGUUUGUGCGGUUCGCGUGCCCCUUUGCCCCGUACUUGAACAAUUUCACCGAGUGCUCGAAAUCAAUGUUCGACUACCUCAACCUCCGAGCCCAAUACCCCACCGGUCUCUUCUCCAGCUUGUGCAAGGGAGACCGAGAAGGCCUCCCUUGCUUUGCAUCGGCGCCACCCGUGUCGCGGCCUGAUGCGGAUUCCCAUUCGAGUGGCAUCGUUUUGAUGAAACGCAAGACGUCUCGAUUGGCUAUGGUUUCAAAGACUUUGUUUGUAUUGGUGUUUGCCAUGGUGUUCAUCUUGGCUUGAAAACACUCUUAGGUCAUCAAGCAUGGGAAACCAAAGUAUUCCCAACCCAAUUCCUCUAGCUCUUGAAGUCACACUCUACCGGGUUUGCUUAAAUUGUACUCUUUUGUUCGGGAAAGUUCUUCCAAAUGCGUUUUUUAAUUCCGAAAAAAAAUUAGCAUUACUUUU